ACUAACAAUCAACUAUCUUCAAGCUUCCAACCCAAAACAUCUUUCAGCAAAUAUGACAAAAAUUUAUUUUUAUAAAACCUACCUACUGCACCUUUAAUGUUAACAUUUAACAGUGUUCAUGCUCGCUCUCCACAGGCCCAACAGCUCACAGCACCUAUAACAAGUGCUUCCAAGCUGCAGUCCCAGAGGCACCAGCUCUACCUGCUGAAGGACGCAGAGAGCAACGGAGGACGUGGUGUGGUCGUGGGAUUUCUCAAGGUCGGCUACAAGAAGUUAUUUCUGCUUGACCUACAGGGCGUGCACAUAGAGGCAGAGCCACUAUGUGUUUUGGAUUUCUUCAUAGCAGAGAACUUGCAGCGACAUGGCUACGGGCAGGAGCUGUUUGAUUUCAUGUUGCAG